GUCGCCACGGAGCCACAAACAAAACGAAUUUUGUCGCGUUACCAGAAACAUCGUGAGCGCUCGCUUGGCCCCAAAAGACAGCGAGAGAGAGUGCGAGCGAGAAUCCCAGCCGAUCCCAGGAAAGUAAGAUCCUGACGCAAUGAGCGCCGUCGAUGCCAUAAUCAACUACAAGCGUAGUCCCAACGAGGACUUUUACGUCCUGCUCCACUGCGAUGAGACCUCAUCGCCCGAGCAGAUCCAGGCGGAAUACAAGGUACUGGCACUCCAGUACCAUCCCGACAAGAACAGCGGCGACAAGGAGGCCGAGGCCAAGUUCCAGAACCUAAAGGAGGCCAAGGAGACUCUUUGCGAUCCGGAGAAGCGGGCUGUAUACGACAAGUGGCGCAAUAGCGGCAUCUCGAUGAGCUACAAGCAGUGGCUGGGCAUGAAGGAGCAUGUCGGUCAGGUGAGAAGAUACACGAUUGCCGAGAAAGUGGAUAAAGAGUCGAUGCAUUGGGUCACCCCCAAGACCAAGGAUCGUAUGUUGCCGGAGACCGCAGAUGGACCUGGAACCGGACAGGGAGCUGGCGCUGGCGCUGGAGCCGGGGCUGGGUGCAGCAGCGGCGGGUUGACCGCAGCCUCCCCCAAUCCGGCCCAUCGUCGGGCCUCCGAGGGCGGGGCCGCACUCUACUACGGCGGACGCAAGACCGAGUGGGGUGCCGAGAACACGGAUGUGGCCAACAAGUUCCGCAAUUACGAGAUCUAAGAGCUGUAGGAAGGAGUGUUUUAGAGGCCGAUUUGUGGCCGAUGGGGAGUUUCAAUUUAAAUAUACAUACAUAUAUACAAGCAUAUAUCAAAUGAAAGAAAGAAAUCGAUCAACAAGAUGAUCGAUGAGCAGAGAGAGCGAAAAGCAAAGCAAAUUAUUCCAUAAACGUUAUUGCAAUUAUAUCAAAAUAUUCAACAAGAAGACAAUUUAUUAUCGAUGUGAAGUUAAUGCGUUGCAAACUACUCGUACUACAGAGCACAGAUACUCUCUAAUAUACAUACUCUUUACGAUACUCUUUAUAGGUGUACAAAAGAUAUAGAAAAAUGGUAAUAUAUAUUUAUGCGAAGAAACUGUAAUUUCAAUAAACGAGAAACGAGAAACGAGUAACGAGUAACGAGUAACGAGAAGUCAGAUGUCAAACAGAAGCGUGUGCGGCAACAAUUUUAAGUUAAACUUAGUCAAAUUUUAACGAUGAAUAUAUUUACUAUGUACAAUACAAUAUAUGUAUGUAUACCUAUAUAUAUUUAUGUGAAACCGUGUAUUUGUAUAUCGAUGUUGAAUGUGUACCAUGUGCCCGUGCCCCCCAAAGACAAUCCCUUUGAAAGACAUACUAAACUAUGACUAAAGUUAAGCUGAAACUAAAACUACAACUAAUACUAGUGAACCCACCACAAAGCGCAAGCGAAAGCGGAACCGGAAACGAGUCCGGUCCAUUACACACACACACACACACACACGCAUACAUGCAUAUAAAGCGCAAUUAAGGCGCCAUUGGAAGGUACAUAUUAUGAAGCGAAUUUAAUCUUUAUACACAAGAAUCUUGAAACAUUUGCAUAGUCAAAAGAACUUUCACUCGGUGUCCUUUCUACUGCAACUCGAAUUGCAGCUAAACUCCACAACUGACAAACUAUUUUAUUUACUAGAAGAAAAACACGAUAUAUCGGGAGAUAU